AUGCUGGCGUUUGAGGAAUACACUCGGAACACAUCAGUCGACCGCGUUCUACUUGUUGUCAUUGGUGCUCCUCUAGUAAUAAUCGCUCUAUUGCUCGGCCAAGAAAGUAUCCCGCUUCAAGAUCCAGCUGAAGGGUGGAAAAAUAACGUUGGAUUCUGGAUUCGAGCAGGAUUACUCGGGGCUGGAGUAGGUUACGCUGCCGCAAUCCAGAUCGGCUUUUGGCUGGAUGCCCCUCCGUUUUCUCUAAAGCAGAUAACUUGCUAUUGUGCUUUCAUGAGUGUAAUUUACGUCGUUGUUGGUAUGGUGACGGCGGAAUUAUGGGUAUUUCCGAUCCCGUUCUUCAUGUUUACUCUGACCACCAUAACGACAUCAGAUAUCGUUGCAACGUGA